UACCAAUUUUAAUCUCGCGCAUUCAUUUGAUCGACGCCCCUGCAGAUCGUAAGGCACCGAGUCGGACAAUCGAUUUGUCACUUUAUGGUUUUCAGUACUUAUUGAUGAACAGCCUAUGCUGGCUGAUCUGAAGGAAUGCCGCAUUCGAGAAACCAAUGCUGAUCCGAAACUCAUUUUGCAAUUGCAUGAAAACCGGGGGCAUUUUUGCGCACGCACUCACGGUGCAAACUUCGCGUCCAGUGCGCACGUUUAUUCACAAGAUCUUUUGUAGCGUCAAACAGUUUGCGUAUAGAUAGUGUGUAUGCGUCAAAGGUGGACUCCCCCGGGACUCAUUACACUCCAGAGAAAUGAAUGCAAUAUAGCGAACGCGUUCGUAGGGGUGGACAUUUCUAUUCGCUUUCAUCUCCGCAAUUCUUCCCUGCAGCACAGACGCGAACCGAACCGGACUAAAUGAGUGCCCGGACCUUGGAGAGACCGGCGCUUUCCAUUCCCAAUUGUGCCUUAAACGGAACCGCUCGGACCAACAAUGGCACCUGCUUCGAGCGCGUGGAUCAGUUGUUUCAGGCGUUUUCGUCCACCGUCGUGCUUUUUGUGCUCAUCGCGUUGAUCAUUGGGAUAAUAGUCGUCUCCGUCACGACCUUCUACUUUCACAAAAGCAAGAUGAAAAAGCGCAAGAUACAGAAAGCGCAGGAGGAGUACGAGCGCGACAGCUGCAGCCCCAAAGCGGCGAAAGGCAAGCCGGUGGUCCGGCAGUGCGUAAUGGUGAGACCCAACACGGCAGUGCGCAAAUGUGAACCGAACCCCGAAGAUCCCGGCGUGACGCCUCGGAUGCCAGAGGACACGAGGCACACGGGACAGAUAAAGCAGGAGGACUUGUUGGAAUCGGUCGCUGUGUCUUGAUAACGCAUCGUGUUGCCGAACACUGUAAAUACGACCUCUGUAUUCAUAUGAUAUUAACUACGGAAUAUAGAAAUCCUUUGUAUAAGCAUUAGAGUUGAUGACUUUCCAUCAUAAGAUUUGGGCAGGAGCCUCUGGAGAAAAUGGUCUUCAAGCUUCAGCGGUUUCUAUAGGAGAAAGACUCAUCAGAAAUUGCUGAUUUGGAAUGAAUCCUAUUGGGAUUAGAUGAUAAUCCUCUGAUAUCAAAUAAGAUCCUAACUGGAUGAUGUGAAAAUCCGGGGAAAAGGCAGGGAUCAUUCAAUGCAGCACACUGAAUUUCAAUCUUAAUCCUAUUAAACAAGAAUCAUAAGCAUAAAAUAAGGUACAUUACAUUUAAUUUUACUUUUUCAGAAUUUCAUAAUCCAACGGGAUCUUAUCUGAUUCUUGUUUUCUUUAAUCAAACUAAACUAUUUUAUGAAUUCGAUGGGCACCCCUUUUAGGAUUUUUGGUAUAGACAGGUCUGUACAACAUGUGGACUUAUGUUAGGAACAAUUUUAAACAAAUAAUGGAGAUAAUAUUAAUACAGCAUACUAUGCUGUAUGAUACAAGGGAUGGUGAUGUUUAUGGUUUUUUUGUAUAAAGCUUGUACAGGUGCUGUCCAGUGCUUCGGUGCUGAAACAAGGUCCUAUAGCAUUGGUCUUCUUAGAAUCUCAACACAACCUACAACCAUUUAUCAUUUGCUUUAAAAACAUUACACUUUUGUUUCUUUUAGGUUUCCUAACUGGGAUUUUUUGUUUGUUGGUUUACCUCAGUGGCUUUUUUUUAAUAUAGAUGCGCAAUUCGUGCCAUUCUGUUUUGGCAUGAUUAGAUUUAGUGUUUUAACCCCUUUAUCCCCGAGACUGUUAACGUGCAAUUGCAGCUGAUAGUAGUAGUAGUAGUAUAGCCUAUACUUGUUUUUGUUCAUGGCACUGUAUAAUCAUAGUAAAACUUACGUAACCUGAGGCAUUUUGUGUUACAGCUCUGUAUUAAUGCUCUCCUUUUGCCUUUUUGCGCUAGAUUAAUAUAACACUAAUUAUCAAGUAUUAUAUUUUUAUCUUAUAGGAUUCUAAACUAGUAUAUAAAUCAAGCUACAACGAAUAAGACAAGUCCUUUUAUGUAUUUCCUUGACGUUGUGUUGAAGUGGAUACAGGAGUUACAGACAGAAAUGACGUACUGUAUAACAGCACGCAGUUUGAACUCUUGCUUUGUUUUUAAUCCAUGCAUAUGAUUUUGAAAUACUAAUAAAGUAUUGUGGAAAUGGG